AUGAAGCUCUCCUUCUUCACCGCAAUCACAACCGCUCUCCUCGUUCCUUUCAGCUCUGCCGCCGCACUCGCCGGUCCCGUUACCCUCAGCUACGACACGCAAUACGAUAAUGGGGGCCUUGACCUUACCCACGUUGCCUGCUCCGACGGAAGCAACGGGAUGAUUCGCAAAGGCUACAGAACCGCCGGCAGCCUGCCUAACUUUCCCCACAUCGGAGGAGCCUUCACCGUCGAGAAGUGGAACAGCGUCAACUGCGGCAAGUGCUAUAAAGUGACCUACAAGGGCAAAUCCGUCCAUAUCCUUGCGAUCGAUCACAGCAAUGCCGGCUUCAAUAUCGCCAAGAGGUCGAUGAACGAAUUGACAAACGGGCAAGCAGACCAACUGGGCCGGAUUCAAGUGACUUAUGAGAACGCUCCCUUGUCGGCGUGCAAGAUUUUUUUGCUUUGCUUAUUCUCAAUGAAUCAAUAG